AUGUCAGAAGAGAAAGUUGUUGUGUUGAACUUCUGGCCAAGCAUGUUCGGAGCAAGAGUGAUCAUGGCGUUAGAGGAGAAAGAGGUCAAGUUCGAGUACAAGGAAGAAGAUGUGUUUGGUCAGAAGACGGAUCUAUUACUCCAAACCAACCCGAUUAACAAGAAAAUUCCAGUUCUCAUCCACAACGGUAAACCUGUAUGCGAAUCUAAUGUUAUACUCGAGUAUAUCGACGAGGUCUGGAAAGACGAUAAGACUCUCGGUCUACUACCUUCGGAUCCUUAUCAAAAGUCACAGUGUAGAUUUUGGGCUGAUAUGAUUGACAAAAAGCUAUGA